AUCAUUAAAAGUCCGAACUACAAAACUAAACCACUAUACCCGUACCCACCAGUCAUGUCAUGAAGUCAUAUGAGUGGCAAACAGCUUUCCGUGGAGAGAAGAUCCUGAGCCUCUUUCUCUUUCGUGUUGUUCUUCUGCCAAGUUAACCCUUUUCUACUGGUUGCAACUUUUAAGCUUUUAGUGAAAUAUGUUGGGAGAGUUUACUGGAGAAUUAUGGGUUUGAUUCAUCAGCGUUUGAUGUUUAGUUCUUCUGUAGCUGAAAUCUAAGCCUUUGGAAGAUCUUCGUUUUGAUUUCUAGUCAUGGAAAUUUACUAGCUGCUUACUGUGCAUGGAUCAAGGGCAAUUAUGGGUUUGAUGACAAGGUCAUAGGUAUUCUUUCUUUGUGCUCUGAAUACAGCUUCAUGGAUGAUAGUCUUGGGAAGAUAAAGGUUAUCACGGAUCACUUUCAAGUUCCAACUCCCAGUGUGGACUCUCCUCAAAGCAAUACAUCAUAUGUUUCGCAGCCAAGAACUGAAAAUUCUUGAAGGUCAAAUAGUUGUUUGUGGACUCGAAGAAAGUUGAAGAGCGUGGCAUUAAUGUUGAAUUUGUUUGGUGCACGUGGGCUGCCUUGGGUUUCCAGCCGCGAUGGUCAGGAAAAGGUUGAGUUGAGUGCUGCAGAAUUAGAGUCACUUCGAUCUGAACUUGCUGAUUUGGAAGAGAGGGAAGCUCACUUGAAAGCUCAGUUGGAACAUGUUGAUGAAAUUUUACAGUCUGCUCGUUUGUCUGGUUAUCUGUACAUCAGAACUAGGUGGAAGCCUCUACCUGGAGAACCUCCCCCCCUUGAUGAUACUGAUGUUGAUGACUGGCUUCCUCGAUUUGUUGUCCUUCAUGGAUUAUGUAUUUUCUUCUAUUUGAAGUCCACAGAUUUGAGCCCUCAGGACUCCACCCUGUUAUCUGAUAUUGUUGAAGUAGGUUCUUUGCCAAGCUUUACGAGAGAAGAUGAAGAGACACAACAUUCCUUUUAUAUCUUAACUCGGCAAGGACUGCGAUAUGAAUGCUCAAGUAUUUCUAAGAUACAGGCAGACUCUUGGUUGUUGGCUUUACAAACCGAUUAUCUUGUGCCUGCAAUCUUUGCGGCCGUGUUGGGUCUCAUGGAAGGGCCUAUGUGUAACUUUCAACUCCAAACAGUUCGGGUAGGGUUUGACUGGACUGCACUUUACAGUUUACAGUAUCUUUCAAGCUCACAUAAAUAUAACGGAAUCUUCAUAAAAGUAAAAAUAUUGUGCUUUCAGGCUCUUAUCAUUAUUGCUGCUCCUCUUGGGUGGUUCAUUUUCUUGACCAUAUUAUUUUCUGCUAAAAUGAGCUCUUUGAUUGGCAAAUCUGCUUCUAGAGCCGCUAGGUCUCUCCUCUCUGCUUCCAAGAACCCUCAUAUUUACUCUGGGCGAGCUGUGGCUGCAGCAGCGGCAGUUGCUUUCAGUGGGAAGGUGCCUUUUCUCGCGUCAAAUUUCAGUAGGGCUGGUUCCUCAAACACAUCUCCAGGAUGGCUGUCCGGAGUCCUUGCGCUUCCUGCUGCAGUUUACAUGCUCCAGGAGCAGGAGGCACAUGCUGCAGAGAUGGAGCGUACUUUCAUUGCUAUCAAGCCUGAUGGGGUGCAGAGAGGACUGAUUUCAGAAAUCAUAUCUCGCUUUGAGCGUAAAGGGUUUAAGCUUGUGGCCAUUAAAAUAGUGGUUCCUUCAAAGGAUUUUGCACAGAAGCAUUAUCACGAUCUUAAGGAAAGACCCUUCUUUAAUGGCCUAUGUGAGUUCCUUAGCUCUGGCCCUGUUGUUGCCAUGGUCUGGGAAGGAGAGGGAGUUAUCAAAUACGGUAGGAAACUCAUUGGAGCCACAGAUCCACAGAAAUCAGAACCUGGAACAAUCAGAGGUGAUCUGGCCGUUGUUGUUGGAAGAAACAUCAUUCACGGAAGUGAUGGUCCCGAAACAGCGACGGAUGAGAUUAGCUUGUGGUUCAAACCAGAGGAACUGGUUAACUACACAAGCAAUGCGGAGAAGUGGGUUUAUGGAGUCAAUUGAUCAAGUUUUCUCUCCUUUUUUUUUUUUUUUGGUUAGAAUUGAAUUUUUCAUAAACUUAGGACGCCCCAUUUGAAUAGUGGGGCAAGCAGCAGCAUAAUUCUUAGAAUAAAUAUGUUCCUUCUUAGAAUAAAUAUGUUCCUGUUGAGGUGAACAACGCUAUAUUACUGCUUUGCUACCGACAGCUGGGAAAUUUUAAUUUCAGCAAUAAUAUAAUGCACUCCAAUGAA